AUGCAGGUGUCGGGGGGCCUUUUCGUUCAGUGUAUACAACAGGCUUCAGUGUAUACAAUAGGCUCUGGCGGCUGUAGGCCAAGCGUUACAGCUAGCUCCCCUAGGGGGAACGUUCUAGGGUUCGAGGCGCAAUGUGCUGCAAAGGGCAGCGCUGCAGCUCAGAGUUCAGAGGUUUCGCUUCUGACGUUUUCGACGCGCUGUCGUGACACUCCAACGGCGGCACUAGCAGCAGCGGGGGUCGCUAAUCCUGCCGUGCUGGGCUAUGCGCCUCAGCUACACACAGCCGAAGCUGCACCUUCUCAGCAGCGGCAGCAGCAACAAGAACCACAGCGAAAGCAGCAGCAUCCCCGCGAAGAGGAGCGGCAACAGCUGCUGCUCUUGCAGCCAGAAGAGAAGCACCAGUCCUUGAGCGCAACAAAAGGUCCCCCCGCACACACUGCGGGAGAAGCUUCACAGGCAGUGUCGCAGACAGAAGCAGCGGCAGCAGGCACCCCUCCGCAAGCCCCCUUUGGAGCCGAAGAAGGAGCAGUGCAGACUGCAACUACAGAAAUGCCUCCUCCUGUUCGAAGUGGAGCAAGCCAAGAUGCAGCAUCAGACGCUGCGGCAGCAGCAGAAGCUGCAGCGCGCGCUGCAAACGGAGGAGGCUCUGCAGCGGCAGAAGGGGUACAUGUUGCAGGCACACAAGCGGCGUCAGAAGUCGAAGGAUUGGAAAGACUUGCACCAUCGUUGCCUCCAGCAGCAACAGACAAAGCGAAGACGGCCAUAGGACGGCGCGCGGGAGAAGCAGAAGCAGAACCAUCGGCUGCGUUCUCAACCCCUCAGCUGCGCGUAUGUUCACAUGGCUGCGCAAAGUCGCCAGUCAGAAACAGUCUCGGGAAAGAAAUCUCCGAAUGUUUCCCGUGCGAGGCGUCAACAGGGCACCUUUCUUCUCAUCCAGCAGCCGUGGAGGCAGCCAUGCAAGCCGCGCAAGCGGCUUCCGUCGCGCCAGCAGAAGAGGCUGAAGAAGAAGCGGAGUGGUUCCUUCUGAAGUCGAUCAAGGUGUUUGGAGGCGUUCAGCAUAUUUUGCUGCAGAGUCGCAACGGCGCUUGCCCCCUUCUUGCCAUAGCCAACGCAUUGAUCCUCAAGGGGAAAUUACAAUUGCCUCAUCGGCAACAAGACAAGCGGCAGCAACAGGAUGACGAGGCUGAGGAGCUGCAGCGCAUCAGCAGCAGCGAGCUCUUGCAGUAUCUGUCUGAGUUUCUCUUGCUUCAGCAUGCUGAGUGCACACAAGAUCCAGAAGCUCUCGCUUUCACGAUCAACGAUGCAAUGGAUUUGUUGCCCUCGCUGCUGCAAGGACUGGAUCUGAACGUCCACUUCAGCGCCAUUGAUGCCUUCGAGUUCACGCGGGCUGUUUCGCUUUUUGAUGCCUUCGGCUUGCGACUGCUUCACGGCUGGAGACCUCUUCGAGACAAGGCACAUCGUCGGAAAGCGGAGGCGUCUGCAGUUGUGGGUGCGUCGUCUGCUGUUGAGGCUGCGUGUGGAGCUGAGGCAGCUCCCGCUUCUCUUGGAAACGUUCCCGCUGAGACAGCAGCAACAGCAGCAGCAACAGCAGCAGCAGCAACAGCAGCAGCAGCAGCAGCAGCAGCAACAACAACAACAGCGCUUCUUGUGGGGACCAACAGCAGCAGCAACAGCAGCAGCAACAGCAGCAGGAGAGGG